ACCGACUACGUGCAGAUGACCAACCUUGCUCCAAAUCGCAGGACUCCCGGCAGAGGCACUACAAGCUUUCGCACCCUACAAAUACCACGCGCGACGUACACCUGCUCAGUAUCAGCAUCACACAUCUCCACGGCUAACCACACCGGCCUGUGGCUAGCUAGCUUAGCUGCACGUAACAAGAAAUCCAGCAUGGCCUCGAGGAACGCCGCACCCGUGUUCCUCCUCGCGCUGCUCCUGUCGUGGGUGGCCAUGAGCAGCGCGGCGAGGAAGCUGCAGGAGCAGGAGACGGCUCCGCCCACGGAAGAAGAGCCGUCCGCGCCACACCUGACCGUGCCGGGGCUGCCAGACUACGAGCUGCCGCCGAUGCCCAAGUUUGAGCUCCCGCCAUUCCCAGAGAUGCACCUGCCGCCGUUCCCGGGGACGCCGUGGAAGCCGGCGACGCGCACGCCCACCCUUACCGGGUUCUUCUUCCCACAGCCGGAGCCGGAGGCCAAUCCAUGAGGGCUUCUUCGUUGUACCGUGCACGUAUGUAGCGUUGCUCGUGUGCUUGUUUAUUUGUGGUAUCAAACGAGAGUGUGCCGAUUCGUACGGCCGACGUUAUCCUGUGAGCUCCUGCGACUCGUGAUCCUGUCUACGUCUAUGUACGUAUGUGCCUAGACGGGAUGUACAUGUGCAUUAUAUAUGUUUAUACAUCAGUAAGUAUGUUUAUAGCUUUA